AUGGCUGGAGGGGGAAACAGGAAGGACGAGGCAUCGGGGUUUAACAACACUAACGUGUUCGCGGCCCUCGGAACCCUAAGGAAGAAGAAGAAGUCGGAGAAAGAUGGUUCGUCGAAGAGCAAGAACUCAAGCUCUUCGUCGAAGAAGAAGCAAGAGGUAGAGCCGGAGCCGCAGGUUUUCUGGGCUCCUACGCCACUGGCGGUGAAAUCUUGGGCUGAUGUUGAUGACGAGGAUGAUGAUGACUAUUAUGCUACGACGGCUCCUCCCCAGGCUGUUUGGGGCGGUGCCGAUUUGGAUCAGCAACAGAAAGAGAAAGAGAGCGAGACUCUUGUAGAGGAAAGUGAAAGUGAGGAAGAAGGUCUAGAUGAGGUUGAUGAUGAUAAUGAGGAAGAACAUGACCAUGAACCUGAAGUGCCAGUAGAGAAAAAGCCAGUUGUUAAGAAGCCUGCUGAAGUUAUGAGACCCAAGGAGCCUGAGAGGCAGCUUUCAAAGAAAGAAUUGAAGAAAAAGGACCUUGCAGAAUUUGAUGCAGUGCUUGCAGAAUUGGGAUAUGCCAAGUCCGAGGCCAGUGGCCAAGAAGAUUCCUGUGGUGUUGAAGAAGAAAAGAAGGUAGAGAAUCCCAGUGAAGAGGUGAAGAAGGAGACUAAUGAUGCUGGGGAGAGCAGAAGUGCCAAAAAGAAGAAAAAGAAGGAUAAAGCUUUGAAGGAGGCUAAAGAACAACUGGAUCAGCCCAAUGGUGCUGAAGCUGGAAAUGGAACUGAUGAAGCUGCUGAGACCGAGAAGGCAGAAGACAUAUCUGCUGUUGAUGUUAAAGAAAAAAUGAAGAAAAUGGCAUCCAUGAAGAAAAAAAAAUCAAACAAGGAGAUGGAUGCUGCCGCUAGAGCUGCUGCUAGUGAGGCUGCUGCAAGGAAUGCAAGGCUAGCUGCCGCAAAGAAAAAGGAGAAGAAUCACUACAACCAGCAACCACAGCGUUAG